CGUGAGUACAGCAGGAACUGGUGUAAUGAAAUUUUAGUGUUGAAAGUGAGAAUAGGAAACAUUUUCACUUGUAUUUUAUAUUUUACGUUGUGAUUUGAACAAGACUACCAAAUUUUAUUAAGUCAUCGGACUAUAACAGAAACGUGUCAUGCUACCGUGUGGAGAAAGCAAAUAUUCUUCGUAAAAAGUUUGCAGGGCUUCCAUUGCCCUCAGCAUCAUACGAGUAGAGUUUUCCACCGACAAUGGAGUCCAGUGUCAUGAAUUGGGGUGCACGAAAUUGGAAGCAUAGAGAGCGUAAUUUGGUGUCGGCAGCUUGCACCGUACUAGUGCUGGCUAUGUUAUCUGUUGCUCUGGCUCAAGAUCGAUGGUUCUGGCUGAAUGGAGGUGGCUGUGACACUUCCAAAUUAGGUGUGAUCGAGUUCUUAGGUGGACACUUCAUAAUAAACACAGAGGAACACACAACAUUUUAUAGUGCAAAAAAUGAAUUGCUGACGGACUGCGUUACGGAGUCGAUCGUGAGGCAGAUGCGCGUCGUCAUAGCGAUGGUGCACAUCAGCAUCUGCUGCAGCCUCUUCACGUUCGUCGUGGAUACGGUCGGCGUGACGACACGCCCGCUGAAACUUCUGCGCAGGAUGGCGGUGGGAAGCGUCGUUACUGUGCUGGUUUGCUGUACUAUAUGUGGCUUUUGCUACUGGAUCACAGUGCUACUUGGCGAAUGGCAGAAAACAACAAUGCCGAGCUCCAGCUACAAAGUUACGAUUCGCUUUGACAUUGGAUUUUACCUGACCGCCGGUGCUGGGACUCUCUCUGUGAUAACUACGGCCACAAACUCGUUGAAACGGUAUCCUUCGGAUGGGGAGGACGAUCAAGCUCUGAUGGAUAGCGAGCUAUCACCGGGUAUGAGUCACCAGACGGAAUCAUCCUUGCAAGUACUUCCCGCUGCUGCACCCCCGCCUCCCUACACACCCUGAUUUCUACACUUACACCCCCCCACCCUUCCUCCUAGAUCUGACGGCCUCCUUGACUCCCUUAUAGGCCUAGUUCUCCCUACCCGCACUCAUUGAUCUCUCGCCCUUUCUUAUAAACUUUGAUGCCUUGUCUGUUCAAAAUGUUGUGAAUCCACUCUCCCUAUAAAUCCAGAUCCUCCAUCCUUACAUCCCGGUGUGCUCUGCUCACCUACUUUCUGUAUCCUUGUGUCCUGUGAUCCCUUCUGUUACCGUUGAUGUAAUGUGACACCAUUUCCCGAGUGAAUGGCUCUUCAGGCACGUGUUUUUCUUGGUAUAUUAUCAUUUCUAUUGCACGUGCCUACAGCAAAGAUCUGUACGAAAUUCGGAAGCAUUCGCGUGUGUACCCGAAUACUAUAUAUAUUGCGUACUAAAUGUGAGACAUUUAGUCAGUGUCUGUUGGACAGGAAUAGCUUAGGUUUCUGAGCUUCUGCUGGUGUUCGGUCGUAGCCAGUUAUAAUAUAAUCACCUGUUAAUGCUACACUAAUACUGCAGAAGGGUAGCUAUUAGUGAAUUUCAGCCACACUGGCAAAUUCGACUGCUUCUGCUUAAAAGUUGUGGGAUAUUGGGACUAUUGCUGCAGUUACAAUCUCCCAGUACACAUACCAGUGAAGUUUUGUAUAUGAUAUACAUGUAUGUAUAUAAAAAUAUUCUGUAAAUAGUUCUGUAAAUUAUGGUAUGUAGUUUCGUCAGUUUAAUGUCGUUAGGUGGGAAGAGAGAGAGAGAGAGUAAAAGGAUGCAUGUGUUCACAACUGUGGUGUAGAGAAAAACUGAGCAAAGAUUCGCAGUUUUUGGAAUCUGGAGACCAUCAGUUCUUGUUUUACGGGAGCGAUACGAGAUUGUAUGAACUAAGCUCUAAUUUGUGACGUCCCUGUUUUGUUAUCAUCAAGUUGAAUGAAAUAGUAAUCCCCUGUCGAUUUUAAGCUAGACAAGUCCUUGGUCAUGAAAGGCGCUCAAAUAACAUCACGUGGUUGCAGGCGUGUCGCUCUGUUGAUGUGAUGCACGUUUGCAUUUAAUUCCGCAUUGAACAGACGUUAGAUAUUUUAUUAUAACAGAAGUAGCAGUGGAAAAAAACAAUGCAAAUAGAAGCCGUAGGUUUUGUUAUAGUGACAUACUACCGUUAAACAUAUUUCACUAUUGGACUUCGCAAUAAGAGACUAAUGUACAUUAGUUAGCUUCAAGGUGCAACAAGUUACAUGAAUUUACAUGCAUCUACAAUGUAGCUACUUAUGUAAUUCUAUCUAGGUGUACAUGUGGUAAUUCACAUGCAUGCAUGCAUGCAUACAUAUUUGUGGGGAAUUCCUACUUUGUUGAUCAAAAGCAUGCCAGUUACUGUUGUUUAUAAUUUAUUGGAUCAAUUAUUGUGUAUAAUAUGGACACUUGUAAUUUAUGCAGUGUCUCCAGUAAUCGGAUAAAUCUAGGAAAAUAAAAAGUAAACUGUCAAGAGA